CAGACGGGCCCGUCGGUGCGUCUUUGCGCGCCGCCCCGGAGGGCUGGCCGAGGCGGAGCCGGCGCGCGGCGCGGGGAGGGGCGGCCGAGUUUGCAGGCGCCGCCGAGGGCCGAAGGGAUCUCCUCCUCCUCCUCUUCCUCCUCCUCCUCCGCCGCCGCCGCUUUGUGCCGGGCCCGGUCCGGUCCGGUCUGGGGGGGGGGGGGGGUGCAGCCGCCGCCGCCUCGGCCGCCACCAUGUCGUCGAUCCUGCCCUUCACGCCGCCGAUCGUGAAGCGGCUGCUGGGCUGGAAGAAGGGCGAGCAGAACGGCCAGGAGGAGAAGUGGUGCGAGAAGGCCGUCAAGAGCCUGGUCAAGAAGCUCAAGAAGAGCGGCCAGCUGGACGAGCUGGAGAAGGCCAUCACCAGCCAGAGCGCCGCCACCAAGUGCAUCACCAUCCCCAGAUCGCUGGACGGCAGACUGCAGGUCUCCCACCGGAAGGGGCUCCCGCACGUCAUCUACUGCCGGCUGUGGCGAUGGCCCGACCUUCAUAGCCACCACGAGCUGCGCGCCAUGGAGAUCUGCGAAUACGCCUUCAACAUGAAGAAGGACGAGAGAGUUUGUAGCUGAAUCCGUUACCACUCAUCCAUGGCCGACUAUCCAGUUCUGCCUCCUGUGUUGGUACCGAGGCACACAGAAAUUCCAGCCGAGUUCCCCCCGCUGGACGAUUACAGCCAUUCCAUUCCAGAGAACACUAAUUUCCCAGCCGGCAUCGAACCCCAGAGCAACUACAUUCCAGAGACCCCCCCACCUGGCUACCUGAGCGAAGAUGGUGAAACCAGCGACCAUCAAAUGAACCACAGCAUGGAUGCAGUGCCCCCUGCCAUCCAAAUGAUGUUCUUGGAAGCCGCUCGGCUGCGAGAAAAGGGGAAAAGCUCUCCGGACACUCAAAGCUUUUUUAGUCUGACUCAGAGAGCCGGGGAGCGCACAGGGGCCCAUCUGUUCUCCCUGCCAAUCGGCCAGUUAGGUUUUUCCGGCCCUUUUGAAACAACUCCGCAAGCCCAAGAGUCUGUUUCUGCGCUCUCGGAUGCCGAUACAAAGGAGACACAGUUUGGAGCGAUGCGAUUGAAGUCGGACCUGCUCUGA